AUAUGCUAUUUAUUUAUUUUUAGGGCACGUCGGUAAACGUUGCGCGCGCAACGCAUGGCACCGCUUGAUUUGUGAUCGCGAAGUUUUGUAGCUAGUCUUGCACGUCUUAACGUGUGCUAAAAUAUGCAAAACAUGUCGGGCGACCUAGGGGAACAGCAGCAGAUUACCAUCAGCAUCCGUGUCGUACGUUCCUUCGUGCACAGAAACAUCCAUCACCGGGUCAUGCGAGCAGUCUCCCCCACGAAGCUGGUCAAACACCUCAAGGAAGCGAUAUUUGCCGACCUACGACAAGACCCGAACAUUCCGCCAACGGUACAGAACUACGCGUACGACACCCUGAAGAUCGAGCACCAGCCGCACAAAGCGAAGUCCCACGACCCCGUGAUCAACACCGCGGACGACGACCAACUCGUACUGCGUGACGACCAGACUUUGCAUGCGUCGAAUGUCAUCAACGAGACAGUGCUUUCUUUCUUCAAGAUGGAAGACUACCUGGAAUACAAGCUCAGCAAAGUCGCAUGACCGCCAGCCAUCAUGUAGCAGCGGUUUCGGGGGCUGAACCACGCCCCCGCCCCCCAAAAAUUUUCAGGAUACGCCGCCAUAAUGUAGCAAAAAAAUAAGACGAAUUAUGUUCAAAGGCUUUAAUGAAGACACUUUUUUUUGUCAAAUGGAAGGCCACCGUCCAAUGUAUAUAUUAAAUAUAUGUACA